GUUGUCAGCGGUAUCCAGGGAGCCCUCCUCUUCCUCCUCCUUCUCCGGCUGCCUCUCUACCAUCGCAGUUGCUGGUCGUUGCUAAGGUGGCCUCCAUGGUAACAUGCACAUCCUGUUUACACCACCAUCUGGGCAAGUCGGUCUAAGCUAGGAACCUACCUACCCUGGACAAGCACUUCCAUCACUACCUGGGGACACCAAUCACCGUGACACGUGGUCCAGCUUCCACUCAGUUCCCCCAUCCUCUUCCUCCUCUCGCUGCCAAGCUUCAUACACAAAAAAGGAUCUGGGCUAGAGGCUGCUCCUCCAAAGCCUAUUGCACAGGAUCUAGUCCAUCUAUUUCCCAAUUGGGCUCCCAGAGAAGCAAGAAGUAAGAAGAAGUGAGGCAAAAAGGCAGGUGUCCCUGAUCAGUCGAAGGGAAACUCCACAUUUUCUCUGGUCAAGGGGCUUGGUAACAGCAGACAAAAUGACGAACCCAACAGAACAUGCCUUGCCGGCCAACUCGAUGGUCGAGAGCCAUGAAGGGGACUUUGGCUGCUCAGUAAUGGACCUGAGGAAGCUCAUGGAGCUGCGUUCCUCUGAUGGAAUCAACCAGAUCAAUGUCCACUAUGGAGGUGUAAUGAAUCUCUGCAGUAGACUGAAAACCGACCCUGUGGAAGGUCUGUCUGGGAACCCUGCGGACCUGGAGAAACGUAAGCAAGUGUUUGGACAGAACUUCAUCCCCCCCAAAAAGCCCAAGACCUUCUUAGAACUAGUGUGGGAAGCCCUUCAAGAUGUCACACUCAUCAUCCUGGAGAUCGCAGCCAUCAUCUCCCUCGUGCUGUCCUUCUACCGCCCCCCUGGGGAAGAAAAUAAACAGUGUGGUCUACCUGUAAGUAGCCCAGAAGACGAAGGAGAGGCGGAAGCCGGCUGGAUUGAGGGGGCAGCCAUCCUAUUCUCCGUGAUCAUCGUGGUGCUGGUGACUGCCUUCAACGAUUGGAGCAAGGAGAAGCAAUUCCGGGGGCUGCAGAACCGCAUUGAAAAGGAACAGAAGUUCUCCGUGAUCCGAAAUGGCCACAUCAUCCAGCUGCCCGUGGCUGAGAUCGUGGUGGGUGACAUCGCCCAAAUCAAAUACGGUGACCUGCUGCCUGCAGAUGGGAUCCUGAUCCAGGGGAAUGAUCUCAAGAUUGACGAGAGCUCUCUGACUGGGGAAUCAGACCAUGUCAAGAAGUCCCUGGAAAGAGACCCAAUGCUGCUCUCAGGGACCCAUGUCAUGGAAGGUUCUGGCCGGAUGGUAGUAACUGCCGUGGGUAUCAACUCCCAGACUGGAAUCAUCUUUACCCUUUUGGGAGCCAGUGAGGGAGAAGAGGAGGAGAAGAAGAAAAAAGGUAAAAAACAAGGAGUCCCUGAAAAUCGCAACAAAGCAAAGACUCAGGAUGGAGUGGCCCUGGAAAUCCAGCCACUCAACAGCCAGGAGGGGAUCGACAAUGAGGAAAAGGAGAAAAAGGCAGCCAAGCUGCCCAAAAAGGAGAAGUCGGUGCUGCAGGGCAAGCUGACGCGCUUGGCUGUUCAGAUCGGGAAAGCCGGCCUCAUCAUGUCUGCCAUCACGGUUCUCAUCCUGAUCCUGUACUUUGUGAUCGACAACUUCGUGAUCCGCCGCAGACCGUGGCUAUCAGAGUGCACUCCCAUCUACAUCCAGUACUUUGUCAAGUUCUUCAUCAUCGGCAUCACCGUACUGGUGGUGGCCGUGCCAGAGGGGCUGCCACUGGCCGUCACCAUCUCGCUGGCCUACUCUGUGAAGAAAAUGAUGAAAGACAAUAACUUGGUGCGUCACCUGGAUGCUUGUGAGACAAUGGGCAACGCCACGGCCAUCUGCUCUGAUAAGACCGGCACACUGACCAUGAACCGCAUGACUGUGGUACAGGCUUACAUUGGAGACACUCAUUACCAUCAGAUCCCAAGCCCCGACACCCUCAUGCCCAAGGUCCUGGACCUUAUUGUCAAUGGCAUUUCCAUCAACAGUGCCUAUACCUCCAAGAUUCUGCCUCCGGAGAAGGAGGGAGGCCUCCCGCGGCAGGUGGGCAACAAGACCGAGUGUGCCCUUCUGGGCUUUGUCACUGACCUGAAGCAGGAUUACCACGCCGUGCGCAACGAGGUGCCCGAGGAGAAGCUCUACAAGGUGUACACCUUCAACUCUGUGCGCAAGUCCAUGAGCACGGUCAUUGAGAAGCCCAGCGGGGGCUACCGCAUGUACAGCAAGGGCGCCUCUGAGAUCAUCUUGCGCAAGUGUAACCGAAUCCUGGACAAGAAAGGGGAAGUGAUGCCUUUCAAGAAUAAGGACCGAGACGAGAUGGUCCGCACUGUCAUCGAGCCCAUGGCCUCCGAGGGCCUCCGAACCAUCUGCAUAGCUUACCGGGAUUUCAACGACGGAGAGCCCACAUGGGACAAUGAGAACGAAAUCCUCACUGAACUCACGUGUAUCGCAGUGGUGGGCAUUGAGGACCCUGUGCGCCCGGAGGUACCCGAAGCUAUUGCCAAAUGCAAGCGAGCUGGGAUUACUGUCAGAAUGGUGACAGGUGACAACAUCAACACAGCCCGGGCCAUCGCCACCAAAUGUGGUAUUGUGACACCUGGGGAUGACUUCUUGUGCUUAGAAGGCAAAGAAUUCAACCGACUUAUCCGCAAUGAGAAGGGAGAGGUGGAGCAAGAGAAGCUGGACAAGAUCUGGCCGAAGCUUCGAGUCCUGGCGCGAUCAUCCCCCACGGACAAACACACAUUGGUAAAAGGCAUCAUCGACAGCACUGUUGGGGAGCAGCGGCAGGUGGUGGCUGUCACCGGUGAUGGCACAAAUGAUGGGCCGGCUCUGAAGAAAGCAGACGUUGGUUUUGCCAUGGGUAUUGCAGGCACGGAUGUAGCAAAGGAGGCAUCAGACAUCAUCCUAACAGAUGACAACUUCACCAGCAUUGUGAAGGCAGUGAUGUGGGGGCGAAACGUCUAUGACAGCAUCUCUAAGUUUCUGCAGUUCCAACUCACUGUCAACGUGGUAGCCGUGAUCGUGGCCUUCACCGGAGCCUGUAUCACCCAGGAUUCCCCACUGAAAGCCGUGCAGAUGUUGUGGGUUAACCUAAUCAUGGACACUUUUGCCUCACUGGCCCUGGCCACGGAGCCUCCUACAGAGUCUCUGUUGAAGCGUCGCCCCUAUGGCCGAAAUAAGCCUCUGAUCUCACGUACUAUGAUGAAGAACAUCUUGGGCCACGCUGUCUAUCAGCUCACCGUCAUCUUCUUCCUCGUCUUUGCCGGUGAGAAAUUCUUUGACAUUGAUAGCGGGAGGAAAGCGCCUCUACACUCGCCCCCCAGCCAGCACUACACCAUUAUUUUCAACACCUUUGUGCUGAUGCAGCUCUUCAACGAGAUCAAUUCCCGCAAGAUCCAUGGAGAGAGGAACGUCUUUGCAGGCAUCUUCCGCAACCUCAUCUUCUGCGCCGUGGUCCUGGGCACCUUCAUCAGCCAGAUUCUCAUUGUGGAAUUUGGGGGUAAACCCUUCAGUUGUACGAAGCUCACCCUGUCUCAGUGGUUUUGGUGUCUCUUCAUCGGCAUCGGAGAACUGCUGUGGGGCCAGAUCAUCUCCACGAUACCUACCCAAUCCCUGAAGUUCCUGAAGGAGGCUGGGCACGGCACCACCAAAGAGGAGAUCACCAAGGACGCAGAGGGGCUGGACGAGAUUGACCACGCAGAGAUGGAGCUGCGCCGAGGCCAGAUCCUCUGGUUCCGGGGCCUGAACCGUAUCCAGACUCAGAUCGACGUAAUUAACACAUUCCAGACGGGAGCCUCUUUUAAGGGAGUCCUAAAGCGACAGACCAUGGGGCAGCACCUUGAUGUUAAACAUGUUCCUAGCUCAUCCUAUGUAACAGUUGCGCCAGUCACAUCUCCCCCCACCACUUCUGUUCCUGCUGCUGUCUCAUCUCCUACUCUGGGCAAUCAAAGUGGUCAAAGCAUUCCAUAGUUCCCUCCACGAAAGCAUUCAGAAACCCAAGAACCAAAACUCCAUCCACAACUUCAUGACCCACCCUGAAUUCGCCAUAGAUGAGGAGGUGCCACGAACACCACUCCUGGAUGAGCAUGAGGAGGAAAAUCUUGACACUCCUAAGGCUGGGACUGGGGUGCUCCUGUUGGAUGGUGAGGUCACGCCAUACGCCAACAAAAACAACAAUGCGGUGGACUGCAGCCAAGUGCAAAUUGUUGCCUCCCGUUCAGAGAGCCCUCUGCACAGCCUGGAGACAUCUGUUUGAACUUCAUUCUCUGACUCCCAUCCCGCUUUCCCCAUGUCCUUUUUCAUCUGUCCCAUCAGUAAGGUGACGAUGGGACUUUUCACUGUCAUGUCAGCUGCUCCCAAGUACGUGUGAACCCCCACCUGACCAUGAAGAGGCAAGAGCACAGACCUACGAGGAUGUCGACUUAAACUUGAGCUGGGGUUUGUAGCAGGACCCAGUCAAACCCCAGGCAGGUAAUGAAUGGUAGGAUCUACUCCUCGGGUGUAUCAGUUGUCAUUUUUAAAGAAAUGAUGACAAUCCUCUUGGCAUCUACCCCAACCCAGACUCUCCUCAGUGUACAUACGUGUGUCACCAUCUCCUGACCUCUGAAUUUUACCCUAUGAGUCUGUGCCAUUUAUAAGCUAAGUCGAGGGUUCCAAGAGACGAAUGUCCCCAAAUGCAAUGUGUUGAGGUAGGAAUGGAAUGUAUAGAAUCAGCCUAUAGAGUGAUUGUUUUUAAAAUGACUUCCCCAUUUUCAAAACUUACACCUAAAGCCCUCUAGCUCUUUCUGCCCUUCUAGUCAAACCUCCCUAAGGUUCUUUUGGUCUUUUGUGACCGCUGUCUCCCUUACCUUCACUCUUU